ACGAUUGUGGUGCUUCCGAAUGGCUCCACGCUCGACGUUUAUCAGACUAGCGCAAAGGAUGCGCUCCAUGAAUUAUCUACCAUACAGAUGGCUUUGCCAUGGGUCAAAGUGAUCAGAAAGUACUGGCUACUUGGUAAACUGUGGGAUGCGGAGAUUAUAUGUUCUAGAGCUACUGAAGUAUUUCAACGUGAUGCAGUCAGCAUUUCCAAGUUUGCGACUUUGAAAGGAAAUAUCUACCUCGAUUUGGCGAGAAACGCACCAAAAUUAGUCUUGAACAACGCUAAACACGAUAGACUUAGUCAUGAUAUCAAAAGCCGCAAAGAAUACUUGACAGCUGCCGCUACUCAGUUCGUACAGGCUGAUAAGGCACUUCAAAGCGAGGGUGAGACCCCUAGGAUCAAUUCUCCAUUAUAUCUUGGUAAAGCGUCUUUGCAAUUAGCACAAGGAAAUUUGGAUGCCGCUUUAAGUACUUUUAACAGCAUUUUGAAAGGUUACAGCCGUAACGUGUUUGCGCUAAUGGGGAAAGCCAGAGUACUACACGUCAAGCGUCAUUACGCUGAGGCUUUGCGCGUCUAUCAAGAAGUUCUUAGGAUAUCUCCAAAUCUGAUGCCAGAUCCAAGAAUCGGGAUUGGGUUAUGUUUUUGGCAACUUAAUUGUCCAAAAGAGGCGCAAGCAGCUUGGAAACGUAGCUCUCAUCUGAAUCCGACGUUGUAUGCACCACAACUUCUUUUAGGACUUCUGAACAUAAAUGAAGCCAAGAAACCUAACGAGCCUGAUCAUUAUCGUAUGAAAUCUUACAGCAAGGGUAUUCAGUACGUUCAUACAGCCUAUAAAUUGAACGAGUACAACUCAAAUGCUGCCAAUGUCUUGGCUUAUUACUUCCUUGGAAAGCGAAAGAUGCCAACUGCUAUCAGAUACGCUGAACGCGCAAUACAAUAUGCGGAUGCGAUACCCGUACUUGUUGAUGCUCAUAACAAUCUGGGUCGUGUUCAUCAUUAUAACAAGAAUACAGAAGAUGCUCUUCGUUGCUAUAAAGUUGCAUUGGAGCGCUCUCCAAACAAUAUUAUAGCUCAAUUAGGAAGGGGACAACUUUUGUUGACAGAUGAAACGCUGAUGCAAGCUGUCCAUCACUUUGACAAACUCGUUCAAGGUCAAACUCAGAAAGGAAGUCCGAUGCCUGAAGCCCUUCUAAUAUUAGCUACGCUACGCUCAAAAGUUUUACCUGGUAUUUCUACCAGUGAGUUACAUAAGAAUAGGGAAUCUGCACGAGAUCUAUUUGAUAGAUUCCUCAAACUCGUAAUGAAAGGUUCAACUGAGGAAGGUUCAUUAAGGGGUCUCGGAAAUGAAGCAGAAACGUUUAUCGAGCUUGCAAAGAUAUGGGAGAAAGAUAAUUUACAGAAAUCUAGUGAAGCGUAUGAACGGGCAUAUACUUUAAGAAGUCAACAAGGAUUAUCAAUACCAAUUGAAAUGCUCAAUAACGUGGCGGUACUGACGGCCAGAAGGGGCAAUGUUGCAAAUGCAAAGGCUUAUCUCUUACAAGCAGUAGAGAGGCUUACGAAUGGCGAAUCCAACACUCCAGAUUUCCGUAUUAAGAAGGUUAACAUAGAACAACAUUCGUGUACUAUUAAGUAUAAUUUGGGUCGCCUACUUGAGGAUAUGGGAGACCAUCAAGAAGCUAGGAGGUUAUAUAAUGAAGUGCUCAUUGAACAUCCGGAAUACUUUGAAUGUAAAGUACGAUUGGCAUCUUUAUAUAUAGAUGAAAAGAGACCAGACGAGGCGCAUACUUUACUUAAAGAAGUGCUAACCACAUGGAAUGAUCACAAAAACCUUAGAGCAUUCUACACUCACUUCUUAUUACAGUAUGAUGUAUCAUCUGCCAAACGAUUCUGUGAUGAUACACUUAAGAAAAUAGCACCAAAUGAUGUCUAUGCUCUAUGUGUCUCUGGAUGGAUUACGUAUAUAAAAUCAAGAGAUAUGCGAGUUAAAACUGGUACUUCAGAAGCCAAGGACCGUGAAAGACAAUUUAGAGAAGCAAUAAUUUAUUGGGAGAAGGCACUUAGAUAUGAUCCAAGAUGCGUUUAUGCAGCGCAAGGUCUUGCUAUUGCUAUCGCAGAGAAUGUGGUACCAGAUUCUUCACGUCGUGACAAGGAAGAACCUAGUGAAGAAGAUAAUGCUAAAUCGAGACGGGAAGCACUGUCAAUAUUUACAAAGAUCAGAGAUAGUCUAGAUGAAGCGUGUGUUUACAUUAAUAUGGGACAUUGUUUCUAUGCUCAAGACGAAUUUGACAAGGCUGUUGAAGUGUACGAACAUGGUUUAUCUAAGAAUGAAGAUACCAUUACACUUUUACAUGCAUGUCGGGCUAACUACAGUAAAGGAGUACAGAGAUCUGAAUUCCAUUAUCUAGAAAAAUCACUCACUCUAGCCCAAACUGCAUCGGUGAAGGCUCCUAAGGAUAAGUCUAUCAAAUACAACAUUGCUAUGAUAGAGCAGAAGAUGUUACAAGUAGUUUUAGACACACCAAGUGAUAAAAGAUCUUUACAAGACCUACAGAAGGCGAUUGAUCUUUCAGUGGAGUCACAGGAACUAUUCGGUAAACUUGCCGCAGAAGAUCCAGCUACUGUACCUUUCAGUGUUGAUUUGGCUGAACAACGUCAAGCAUUUGGUGAAGGCCUUGUUGUACGCGGUCCAUCUGAGAUUGAAAAGCAAAAGGUUUUCGAAGCUGAGAGACAUGAAAGGACUGAAAAGUCAAGACGUGAGAAAGAAGCUGCUUUACAGAAAGCUAAAGAAGAUGAGGCUCAUAGAUUAGAAAUGAUCAAGAAGCGUAGUGAGGAACUUGCAGAAAAGCGUAAACAGGCUCAUGAAGAUAUCAAAAACUUACGAGAGACCUUAAAAGCUGAAGAAGAGGCUGAGGAGAAGAGUAAAACAGAGAAAAAGAGUAAACAAAAGCGUAAAGAGACGGAGGAUGGUAAUGAAAGUGACGAAAAUGAACCAGUUAAGAAACCUAAACGCAAAACAAACAAGAAGAAGAAGCUACGUAGGAAGCAGGGGUCAGACGGUGAAGACGAUGGUGCGAAACAAGAGAGUCAACCUUUGUCUGAGGCUGAAGGUGAAAACGAAGGUGAAGAAGAAAAGCCUAAGACGACGAAGUCGAAGAGUCGCAAGAGACGUACCUCAACAGCUGAGAAUGACGAUGCAGAUAGGAAGAAAGUGAAAACAAGUCAACUCUCUAAAGAUAUAAUUUCUGAUUCAGAUGAAAACUAAUUGUAAAAGUUUAUGUUAACAUGUUUGAUUUCUUUGUAACUUGCUAUGACCACCGAAUUCGCGAAAUCGUCGAACGAAGCUUUAGAGAUAAGAUUACGCAGGAUAGAACUAGAUGAAAACCUCUUGGAAUCUGAGGAAGAGUUAAGAUUGACGCGACCAUGGAAUCCUGAGUUUACAUACCCAAUAUUUGGAACAGAAGAGCAAAUAUAUGGGUACAAGAACCUACGAAUCAAUCUCGAUAUGGCUUCAGGUUCUUUAAGAUCUCAAUUGAGAGUUAGCUACGAAGGAAAAAAAGAUGACGCUGAUAACGUUGAAGAUAAGCUUGAAGAAUUUAUACCCUUAGAAAAGGGCGAUUUUGAUAGUAUUGUUAAGGACGAUGCAAAGGAGUUUAGACCACCAGGAGAACUAGUAACGUCCUACACUCGUAAUUCUGCUAAGUCAGAAGGUAAAGGUAAAGGAAAGAGAAGGAGAGUUGAAACUUCAAACGGAUCAAUCACUGGUGAAGAAGGUGACGUCGUUUAUGAAAUAUACAGAUCAUCCUGGCAAACGGCUGGAUGGAAAGACUUCAAUAGACGUAUGCAGUUCUUCCUUUUACUAUUUAUUGAAGCAGCGAACUACCUAGAUGAAGAUGAUGAUAACUGGGAAUUCUUCACUUUAUUUGAAAGGAGAUGCAGAGAGGAUGGAAGUUAUGCAUAUCAUUUUGUUGGCUAUUCAUCUUUAUACUCCUUUUAUCAUUUUCCUACUGGACAUAGACAACGCUUAUCGCAAUUUCUGAUUCUACCUCCAUACCAACGACAAGGUCAUGCCUCAGAGUUAUACAAUUCGAUUCGUAGUGAUGUUUUAAGCAGACAAGAUGUUAUAGAAUUGGGCGUUGAGGAUCCUUCUGAGGCUUUUGAUAUCCUGCGUGACAUUAACGACCUUCGCUGGUUGAACGAAAUGAAGCUUCUUGAAAACAAGACAGCUUUGGAUAUAGAUAGACAGUGGAUAGAGCAAGAAAGGAAAAAGCUUAAAGUAGCCAGACGUCAAUUUCUUCGUCUUAUUGAGAUGCUUUUAUUACAUAAACUCGAUCCAAAGAAUCAAGAACAAUUAAAAAGAUUUAGACUACUUGUCAAAGAUCGCCUUUACCGUUUCAAUUAUGAACAAUUAAUCGAUUUGACACCCGAAGAACGUAAAGCAGCUCUUCAGCUGACCUAUGAAGGUGUCAUUGAUAACUAUCGUGAUAUAAUUCUCAAAAGUCACGUCUAAAACAUUGAAAAGUAAAAGUGAAGAUACAUCGUACAAUAUGAUAAAAUGAAACUCCAAAAACACUCCAAUUCAACUAAACAAACUCUUCGUUAGCGCUCUCGUACUCUGAUACAUUUGAU